AUGGCGACCUCGAUACGGCUUGGAGAGGCCCGCGGCUGUCAGGCAGUGGUCGCUAUCACUGCUGGCAGUGUCUACAGAGGGCGUGCUGCACCCAACUCUGCGCCUGUCUUUGACCCCUGGCAGUCCUACCUUGACCGUACAAAGUCUCAGAGUGCUAAGCCCGACGGUGACAGUGCACUCGCUCAACUCACCAGGCCUGUUCAGAAUGCAUGUGGAGUUGUUUUCUGUGAGCUUGAUGACAUGGAGGAGACCCUUAAACUCACUUCUGAGCAUGCCUUUGCUGCCCUGCUUCCUCCCAAGCCUGAGCGUUUCAAAAUCCCUCCUGGCUUCAAGGGCACGCAGGCUAACCUCGUUGUGAUCGCCCGGCAAGGGGGAGAGGAUAUCCUGAAAACUUGUGUCUGCUUCCAGCUUGGUGCACGCCCCGAAGUUCUCGGUGUCCGCACAGCUGAGGUUGCGCUGCCUGCUGCAAAAACUGUUGAGUUUCAAGCCUCUCUUGCAUGUGAGCCGGAAUGUGCUGACAUGCAUAAAGCUCUCUCAAAUCAUGAUGCCGUGCAGGCUUGGACGGAGCUUCUGUCCAAGCACUUUGAUGCUCAGCCCACAGAGCUGUACAAUGUGUUUCGCCCCAAGGACCCUGCAACGCCUGCUGCUGUCAAAUUCCGAGUCUCUGCUGACAAGGCCGAUGCUCUCGAGGCCAAAAGUGGCAUCUCUGGUAUCAUUGUCAGGCGUUGGUUGGUUAAAGGCACUAAGCCGCCUAUCACACCGCUUGUAUGGCUUCGUGGACCGUCGAGUGUCAGCUGUGCUAUGGCUCUUGCCCAGGCCUCCAGGUGUGAAGGUUUCCUCGGACUGGUUCGCAAGGAUGGCAAGUAUGCUGCCCGAUUUGAUGCCUUGCACCUGAAGAAAGCAAGACAGGCCUUGGACCCCACGCGCUAUCAGGAUGACAACAUUGGCUUGGUGCCCACUGCAUCUUGGAUUGUUUCAGGGUUCCCCCCAGGCACGGACCGCGAGCAGGUACAUUCGUUGCUGCGGGAGUGGGGCUGGACGGUUAUUCCUGGUCAGCCUAACCGUAGUGCCUGGACUGCGCAUGCUGCCUGUCCUCCGCCAGCUGCGCGCUGCUAUGCCAGUUGCGGUCCCCUGUUAAUUAAGCCAGUGAGUGGUGCGGCCCAGCUCCCUAGCACAACUGCUCAGGCCGGUAUUGCAGUUGCAGCGCCCAUGGAUGUCGAACCGUCACCGGUUGUGGCAUCGCCACUGCCGCUGUGCUUGCGCGAGGAGCUUGACAAGCAUGUGUCGGCGAUCCGGCAAUCGCUCUCCAACGAGGUCGCUGAGGACCUUGGUGACCGAGUGAAUGCACUGAAGCAAAGUCAGGCUGAGGUCUUGAUAUUACUGCCGCCGUCACAUCUGCGCUUGCGAGCUCUUUACCUGCUGCGCUGCAGAGCGCGCUGCCCAGUGUUCUUGAUGAUGAGCUUUGAAAUGUUUGUGCACGGGUGCCUUUGCAUUUUCCGCGUGUUGCAGGCCUUCCUACUUUUCUUUGACCGCGCGUCCAUUGAUGCCUUGGAUUCUUUGGUCUUGUGCCUUCGUCGUGCGACUCCGCAUGGACGCAAGAGCCGUGUCUCUGUUCAGGUGCCGCUGUGGCUUGACUUUGCUGGUCAGUGCUAUUCCUUGCGGCUCGCUGUUCUGCACCUUGGCAGUCGUGCUGAUUCCGGUCACUAUGUUGCCUUGGAGCCUUGCUACGGUGUCGGCUCUUCGUCGUCAGUCGUGCACUGGACUCUCUUUGAUGAUGCUGUGGUGCGAAAUGUUUCCGUUCCCAGGUCUGGUGCUGCACGCCUUGGGUCCCCGGCUUGGGACUUGUCUCGCGACGCCGUCUGUAUGGUGUACCGUCGCUCGGCGCCUCGCCUUGAUCCUGUGCCGCCCGCCUUAACCACUGUUGAUGGUGGGGUGGCUGCUGCGCCCCAGCUCCACCUCGUCAAUGCUAACAUUACCUCGUGGUUUAGUGGUUGGCCGCAACUUGCCAGGGAUCUUGAGACUUCUCUCUUUCGCCCCAGUUCUGCUGCCGAGGCUUUGGCGCCGCCUUCUCUGUGGUUUUUGCAAGAAACUCACCUGAGCCCGUCUGCGGUUCGGUCGUGCGCUGCCGGCCUGUCCAAGCUUCACCUGCACAGUGUUUUUCGGUGCGGCCCCGCCAGCAAGGCUGUUAACACGCCUCACGAGUCCGGUGUUGCUGUUGUGGCUACCGUGCCACUCAGGCUUGCUUCUUUCAAGAACCCGCUCCUCUGUCAGUUGCAGGCCGAUGGUCGGCUUCUGCAUGCUGUCUGUGCUUUGCGAGGCUCUGAUCCUUUGCAUGCCGUUGUGUUUUACGGCUACCCGGGUGGCACGCAGCGUUUUGACAUCCGUGACCGGACUGAGCAAGCAAUUGCUGCCAUCGCUGAGGAGUGCAUUGCAUGGGGUAACGUUCCGGUUGUUCUUGCUGGUGACUUCAACUUUCCCGUGGAUGACUCUCACACUUUGGCUCAACUUCAGUUGCGUGGGUGGCAUGACGCCGCUUGGACUUCUGCGCGUUCCGCUGGUGCCACCCCGCCUCCCACGUGUUUCGCCCAGGCAAAAAAAGGUGCUGGUACGCGGGUGGAUGCGCUCUUUCUCAACCCGCGUCUCGCUUCUGCCCUGUGUGACGUCAGCUACCCGGCGUCUGGCCUUCCUGUCCACAAGCCUAUAGUUGCUUCCUUGCAGGUUGCUGUUGCCGUUGGUUACGUUGUGAAGCAUCCGACGCCCGUCCGUCAGGACUCUGCCUCGUCUGCUACUUGGGCUCCUCCCAGCGACGCUGCUUGUGAUGCACAUGUGCAAAAGCUUUGGGGUGAAGUUGCGCCUGCUUGGCAACGGGCUCGCAAUACGGGUGAUGUCGUGUCCCUGUGGCCUCUGCAUACCCGUGUGGCUGACCUUCACUACCGUUGGUAUGCUGGCAUUGCUUCCUCUCCUCGUGCGCCUUGCCGUGGCCUGCCUGGUCGUCCGAAAAGGGUGCGCAUGGCCCCGCCUCGUCUUCGGGACUGUGGUACUUCUCCUGCCACCGCGGUCAAGAAUGCUGCUCGCCAGCGUUUUCUCCGGUCCCUGGAGCAUGCUGCCAGGCUUCGGCUUCGGGUCGCCGAUGCUUCCUCGUCUGUUGAUGCUGAGAGGGAGCUGCGUGCUCUGUGGCAGCAUCUUUGUCAGCGUGCCGCGAAGUAUGUCCCAGGUGAGUUGUGGACCAGCUGGUUUGCCGCCCAGGCUCCUCUGCCUGAGUACCAGAGCCUCUGUCUUGCGGUCGAUUUUGUUUCUUCUGCUGUGACCCGGCAGCAUGAGGCUGAGACCCGCUGUCGCCUUUCCUCAUGGCGUGAGACCUGUCGGGCCCGGUGGCGAGAUCCCAAGCAGAAGCGUCACAUCUUCUCUUGGGUUCGUGACUGUCGCGCUCCUCCUCUUGUCUCGGUCAAGCUCCCUAGCUCUGGCUCUGUGUCUUUUGAGGCCACUGAUGUUGAGCGUGUGUUGUGGUCCAAGUGGCAGCCUGUCUUCUGCCCCGGUGAGGGGGAGGCGCCUAGCGUGGACUUUGAUGCUUUUUGGCGCCGGUUUCGUCAAUAUGCUGUCUCUGCGCCGGUUGCCCUGCCGAGGAUUACUGCCGCCCACCUCCGCGAUGCCAUCCGCUCCAUGUCCGACUCCUCGUCUGGUGGUGCUGAUGGUUGGACUGUCAGUGAGCUCAAAAGCUGGCCUGACUUCCUUCUGCAGAAGCUUGCUGACCUUCUUAAUGACGUUGAAGACUCGGGAGGGCGCUGGCCUCCUGAUUUGCUUCUUCAGGUUGUUGCUCUGGUCCCCAAGGAUUCUACUGAGGAAGACCAGCGGCCCAUCACAGUUGCUACUUUGGUCUACCGGGCCUGGGCAUCGGUGCGGGCACGUCAGCUGAGUGAGUGGGCUGAGACUUGGGCGGCUCCUACGCAGUUCGGUUAUCGACGGGGCAAACGCUCUGUUGAUCCUGCUUGGUUGUCGGCGGCUGCGGCUGAGCAGGCGUGGAUCAAGCAGAGUCAUCGCAUGGGUUUCUCGCUGGACCUUGCCAAGGCGUAUGACUCGAUCCCGCACCAGGUUCUCUACAACCUCCUUGUCCACAGUGGGUUGCCUGUGAGCUUUUGUGAUACUUGGCUUGGCGCUAUCCGGGGCGCUCGCAAGUUUCUAAAAACAGCUCAUGGCCUUGGGCGGGAGUUCAGUGUGAACCGCGGCCUUCCUCAAGGUGAUGCUCUUGCGUGCAUCGGCAUGAACCUCCUCAUGUCGGUGUGGUCCCGUGCGGUCGCUUCUGAAACUGCUGUCUCGGUGCGCAGCUACGCUGACGAUGCCACGCUGGAAGCUGAAGGUGGCCGUCCUGUUCCGGUCUCUCGUGAGCUGCGGCAGGGCAUUUGCGUCACCGAAGAGUUCAUGAGCCUCACUGGUCAGCAACCAAACGUGCUCAAGAGUUUCGGGUGGGCCACUACACGCACUGGUCGCUUGCAGAUCAAAGCGUUGCAGCUUCAAGGCCAACCUCUCCCUCUCAAGGCUGCUAGCAAGGAUCUUGGUUGCCAGGUCGUGUUUCAUGGUCCUCGCCGCACACAGAUCCAGUGUGAGCGUUUCUCAAAGGCUCGUAAAGCUGCGAAGCGCGCCCGCUGCGCUCCUCUUCCCCUCCUGCAGAAGGCUCAGUUGGUCUGUGGUGCUGCUUCCAGCCUUGCCAACUACGGCCUGGAGACUUGUUUUGUUGGUGAGCGACCUUUGCAAGAGCUCAAGCAAUCCAUCGUCUGUGCCAUUUGGGGCCCCAAGCGGCGCAUUCGGUCGGCUGACGCUGUCCUGUUGCUCUUCACGCAGGCCCACCUUACUGACCCUUUUCAAGCACGUUUCUGCCAGAGCUUCUGUACCCUUCAGCGGUGUUUGCUUGCCGAUGAUGCUUGUCGGCGUGCAUGGCCCUCUUGGUGGCGGACUGCCUCUGCCCGUGCAGCUAACCCGCGUGGCCCUGUGUCGCUUCUGUGGUCGCUCGUGUCUGAGUUUCAGUGGACUUGGCCUUCCCCUUUCACACUCCGCACUGCCACUGCCGACUUAAACCUCCUCACUCUUGAGCCGUCUGCGCUGGCUCAUGAGCUUCGGGAGGCCGCCCGGCUCUGGGCUUGGCGCCGUGCCUUUCGUCUGCACAAGCGUUUUGACGGUGUUCAGCACAGUGGUGUUGACCGUGCUGCUACAAUGCACCUGCAUGCGUCCCUGUCUGACCUUGAGCGUGGGUUUUUGCGUGGUAUCCUUGCUGAUGCUCAGUGGACCAGCUCUCGUGCUUUCAAUGCCGGGGAGGCUCUGACCUCUGCGUGUCCCUCUUGUGGUGCCGUCAAGCAGGACACUUUGCACUACUUCUGGGCCUGUCCUGACUUGCGCGCGCUGCAGGCUCAGCACGGCGAGCUUCUCUCCCUUAAGGACACCCCCUUGCCUUGGCCGUCCUGCCUGACCCUGUGUGGCCUCGUCCCUGCAGACUUUGCUGCUGGGCCUUCUGAGCGCAAACACCUUGCCACUUUGACGCAGCGCUACCUGCUUGACGUCUGCCACUUUCGUGCUGGUGAAAGCGCGGGCGUCCCUGACGCGCCUGAGUCGCAGGCCUCUCCUCCUGAGGCUGCUGGACCCGGUGCACUUCCACAGUCUCCUGGGGCUGCUCCGGUGGCUGUGGUUUCUGAGGCGACUGUUGUCCUGCCUGACCCGUCUGUGCAGUGCUCUGCGGCUGCUAAGCGCAGCGUGUUUCCUUGGCCUGCGGCUUUUCGUAAUGACCUUGUCACUUACCUGCGCACUCUUUGCUGGCCUUCUGCGCGCUCGGGAUCGCCGAAUGGUGCUGGGAUCACAUGGGCCGAAAUCGCUGUGAACUUUGAGGCUGUCGUCGGAAAGUCUCUUCCGCGCACUGUUACUCGUCAGGGCAACUCGCGCCCAUACGGCGCUCCUUCGGGGGAUCUGCUCCGCGACCAAGCGGAUUUGUUCCAGAAAAUCAAGACCAUGUCCAACGCAUGCCGGAGCCUUGCGCGAUGCCUUGGUACACCUGUCGUUGCUGGCGUGCAGACCCGGCAGAAGAUUCCGUUGAAGGAUUGCUUUGAUGGGCGGGUUGGCAGUGCUGUUCAGAGCUCUAUUCAGGAGAUCAGUGCUCUUGAGGUUUCUGCUUUGAUGCCUGGCUCUGUUGAGCAAACUGCUGCUCGGCACACUCUGUACAAGCAGGGCUCGAG